UGAAUAGCGUGCGUCAUGACGUCACGCAGAAGCCUUUCAGGCAAGAUGGCAGCGUCCUUGACAGGCAUGUUUUGAUUUCAGUGGAGUGCCGGACAUGCUCAACAGUGGCAAGUUUUGGUGGCUGAACGGCUGACAGCAAGGGCGGAACAUGGAGAGACGAGAGUUCGUCGCGUCCCUGGUGGCAGGAGGCUGUGCGGGGAUGUGUGUGGAUCUGACCCUCUUCCCCCUGGACACCAUUAAGACCAGACUGCAGAGUCAGCAAGGCUUCUACAAGGCAGGGGGGUUCAGUGGCAUCUACGCUGGGGUCCCAUCUGCUGCUGUCGGCUCCUUCCCCAAUGCUGCUGCUUUCUUUGUCACCUAUGAAUGCACAAAGUCCCUGCUUGGCGCUGGCGGAGCGCUAGCAGCGCCACACAUGGCACCUGUCACUCACAUGCUGGCCGCCUCACUGGGUGAAAUAGUGGCUUGCCUUAUCCGGGUCCCCACAGAGGUGGUCAAACAAAGGACCCAGGCUUCCCCCUCAUCCACCACCUAUCACAUGUUGCUGGCUACACUCAGACAAGAGGGUGUUCGAGGCUUGUACAGAGGAUUUGGGAGUACAGUUCUCAGAGAGAUUCCUUUCUCACUGGUGCAGUUUCCACUUUGGGAAUAUUUAAAGACUCUGUGGUCGUGGAGGCAAGGUCACACGCUCUACUCUUGGCAGGCUGCAGUGUGCGGAGCUUUUGCAGGUGCGGUAGCGGCAUUUGUUACCACUCCUCUUGACGUGGCGAAGACCAGGAUCAUGCUUGCAAAGGCCGGGUCGACCACAGCGAGCGGCAACAUCCCAGUGGUGCUCUGCGAUGUGUGGAAGAGCCGAGGCCUUACAGGUCUGUUUGCAGGUAGCGUACCAAGAAUGACUUUCAUCAGCGUGGGUGGUUUCAUCUUCCUGGGAGCCUACGAGAAGGUCCGCCGCACUUUGCUAUAGCGCUACGGCCUCUCUGACUGUCCCGAGCCCCGACCUGGUGGAGGAGCCGCAGGGAGACCAUCUCUGGAAGUAGCACCCUUGUCCCUUGGAGCCCCCCAUGCCACCCUCGCCUCUACGCUGCUGGGCCCCCAAGAAGCAAGGUGGUACACCUGGUGCUCGGGGGAAGACUUGUCCACAAGCCCAAUCGCAUUACCCAGCAUUAUCAAUGCCCUGCAGAUUGAGUUUAACAGCCUCAGUCCCACUUGUUGAGCAGCACCAGUGGUUCGGUGAAACAAAGCCACACCCUGUCAUACAAGACGAGUAGUGAAGCAUCUUCACUGUUUAAUGUGUGGAUGAAUGAGUUAUGGUUUUAAAGACUGUCUCUUUUUCUACUUUGGUGAUUCCUCUGGUUCCCAGUGGGCUGCCCGUUGUGCUUUCUAAAACCUUCUCUACAUUGUUUCAUGAUUAUUUUAAUGUUUUAUCCAUAUCUUCUCCUUUCUAUUAAGCCAAGACUCUUGAGUUAAAGACCCACCGGGGAGUCGCAGUAAUAUCUCACCAUUGUUACAUUCCCGCUGGAGCACAACUGAGAUCAUCCAUCUGCAAGAGCUUUAAAUUUAUGCUUAAAAUGCCUCCAACAAUAGACCACUUUGUUAAAUUAACAGGGCUUUCGUUUUAUUAGGAGCCCCAGGUGUCCUGUACAAGCCUUUUCAUUAAUAGUUUGGGAUAUAUCUAUCAUGUUUAUUGUGAAAUAUAGUUGUGAGGUGACUGGAAAAGAUUAUCUAGUAUUGUACUUAAGAUGGUGACUUUUUUGGAAGGAGCAAUUCCUUAAUCUCAAACCUGUGGAAAUGCAGGUUUUUAUUAAAAGUUGGUUUGAUCCAAACCUUUUUUAAGUUGACCUUUUUCAGAUGUUGCUGUUCCUCUCCUUGAAGGCACCAGUAGAGCAAUGAGAGAACACGCAUUGCUUCCUCCAUCCAAAUCACAAAGAAAGUUACAGUAAAGGUUGAAAAGAUACAGUUGUUAACACAACUGGUUUUUCACUGCAAAAAUCAUACAUAUAUGGUUAAGAAUUAAGUUUAAGCGAUAGUUGGACAUUUUGGAAAAUGCAUUUAUUCGCUUUCUUAACGAUAGUUAGAUGAGAAGAUCGAAGAGGCUACUACCAGCCAUCGGCUAACCUAGCUUAGCACAAAUGCUGGAAGAAGGGGGAAACAGGUAGCUGGGCUCUGUCCAAAAGUAACAAAAUCCGCCUACCAGCACUU